GACCAAACUUCUCAACCUGUGAAAUUAGACCAGCAGACAAGACCUUCAGAAGCAGAUUCGGGGCCGAGUCUGGAAAGAGCCGACCGCAGUGCUCCGGAGGAUGGGAGAGCCGCGGGGGCUCCUCGCGGACCAGAGCCCCCUGAUCAAAGCCGCCUGGCAGGGCAAGCUGCGCCUGGUCAGGCUGCUGGUGGAAGGGGGAGCCCAGGUGAACGAGCGCAACGAGAAAGGGGAGACGGCGCUGAUGGUGGCCUGCAGAGCCAGGCAGGGGGAGCAGCCCGGCGGGAGCAGCAGGGAGAAGCUGGUCAAGUACCUGCUGGAGCAGGGAGCCGACCCGCAGGUCCAGGACAAGGCGGGGCGCACCGCUCUGAUGCACGGCUGCCUGGAGAAGGCUGGCCCAGAGGUGGCUGCGCUGCUGCUGGGCGCCGGGGCCGACCCCGGGCUGGAGGAUUACGGCGGGGCCUCCGCCCUCGUCCACGCCCUCAACGCCCGGGAUAAGGACACCCUGCGGAGGCUGCUGGACGCCUGCAGGGACAGCGGCCGCGACGUCCUCAUCAUCUCCAAGGACCUGAGCCCCUCGGGACGGCCCGUCACCCGGCAGUACCUGAACGUGCCCCCCUCGCCCGUCCCGGAGAGGAGUGCCUCCCCCGUGUCCUGCAUGUCCCCCUCCGACAUCGAGCUCAAGACGGGGUCCCCCGGUUCCGAGACGGAAGGGGAGGGUGGCGGGGGGAACGUCUUCACUUUCAAGGGGACUUCGCCCAAGUCCUCUCCGCCACUGGAAAAGCCCAAAACCAGGUCACAACACCCCCACCUCCUGCGCCUCAGAUCGGAGCCCUGGCUGGCCAUCCACAACCUGCGGGAGCUCCGCAGCUCCUCCGAGGAGAGCUUGAGGCACGGGGGUCUGGAGCAGCAGCAGCAGCAGGGCCCGGCCCCCUGGCUCCCCGGCAUGCCCGCGCCGCGGAGGGCUUCUCUCAGCAGGAUCCACAGCAUGGACUCGGCUGACACCCCCCGGGCUCCGAAGGGGCUGGCGGGGAGGGUGCCUCGGAAACCCUUCUCCUUCGAGAAGCUGCCUUCCUCCCUGGUCCUGAGCCGCAGAAACACCCUCCCCACCAUGCAGGACCAGGCCGUGCUCCAGCUGCCCUGCCUGACUGGACAGCAGCAGUGCUGCUCCGACUCCCACCUCCCCACCGUCCCAGGAGAGGCCGAGGCUCACCGGCAGAGCAGGAGGGCUCACCAGGCAGCCCAUUCCGUGCACCGCCUGCACUCCGUCUCCACAGAGUCUCCCGAUGGGGCUCCGGGGCUGGACUUGCCAGGGAAGAGGAGGCAGGAGCAGGCCCGUCCAGGCUUCCUCCCUCCCCUCCUCCAGCAGCUCCUCCUCUCUCCAGAUGGGGUGCUCCAGCGCAGGUAAGCUGCCCUCCUCCAGUGCCUCCCUGGCAGACACCCCCAGGGACCAAGGUGGAACUGCAGCCCUGAGCAACGCUUGUCUGUUGAAUUUUCGGAGGGUCCUCUUUUUAACUGUGAGGUUACAGGACCCCUUGCCCGUCCUCAGUGCCCAUGAGAGCACGGCCAUGUGUACCAGGCUAGCCAGGGCCAACCCCAGACGAGCUGGAUAUUUGCAGGGGGUGUGAACAGCAUUCCCCACGCUACAAAUCGCCAGCGAGAAACUGCUGCGUCUCCAGGAACAUCACUCUGUUACGCAGGAAGGGCCAGUCCUCACUUUGCUUUGCACUUGUUGUGUACGCAGUUAUAUGUGUAUGUAUUUGUAAUGCAGGAGCGUGUGACGACAGGCAGUCUUUACAGACGAGGCCUCUUGUGCCUUCCCAGCUUGUCUGCUUCUCAGUUUCGUAUAUCAUUUUCUCGUUUCCAAGAGUCUUUGUCAGUGUAAGAACUUUCCAAGGAUUUCAAAUCCAUUUGCUUUCCUCCUUCUUAUCAUUGUUAGAAACAUUACUUCCAGGUCCUCUUUUUCUUGUGUGUUGGACGUCUAUGGGUUUGGUACACGCUGAUUCAGUGAUAAUAUUGCUAGGUAAGAAAACAGGUAAUAAAACCAAAUUGUGUUAAAUAAGACUGUGCCUUCCAGAGUGAGCUCCAGUUACCGACUGUACCAGAGCACUGUCUAGGACUGAGACGGAUGAAGAGGGUUUAUUUCUUAGACGGUGCUGCCACCCAGUGGAAGCUGACUGCACUGCGCUGCCUAUAGGAAAGAGAUCCAUUUACUUUGACGCUGAAUCGUAUUAUGAUGCGGCAUUCAGGAGGCGGGUGUGUUAGUUAAGCUAAUUAAAUUAAUUGGUUAAUUAAAAUAUCUCAGGACAGACGGAUAAACGCAUUAAGGAAAAAAAAACAUUUAAAAUCAUAUCAUACAAAUAGGUUAAAAAAAUGUUAGGAUUAUAAAGC